GGCAUGGUGGCGGACCGCCGCGACAGCACCAGCGCGCAGGUGAUGUACGUGGGCGUGUAUGACGGACACGGCGGCGACUCAUGCUCAGACUACCUCACACACGCGCUGACGCAGCACAUCGAAGAGGCCACGGUCGGCGACCUAAGCUCGGUGCUGGCAACGGUGCGGCAGUAUGGCAUGGACUGGGCCAACUACACGCCGGCAGCACUGGAGCGGCUGGAGGCGGCCGUGCAGCGCUACGAGGCGCCCAGCUUCCUGAGCAUCGAUGAGCGACUGACGCUUGCAUUCCUGGCGGCCGAUGGCGCAGUGCGCAACACACGGUGGAGCGAUGGACAGGGGUCAACAGCAUGCACGGCACUGCUGUGGGAUCCCGAGGGCCUGCCGUUCUGGGCGCGCGAGAGCCAGCUGCAUAUGGCCGUGGCCAGCGUCGGCGACUCCAAGGCGCUGCUGUGCCGCGCCGACUCUUCCGGUGGGCUGGCCGAGGCGCUGAGCUCGCCGCACAACCCGAGCAUGCGUGAGGAGCGCGAGCGGCUGCAGCGCCACGGCGCGUUUUUCUCGCGCGACUCGUUUGGCGAAGAGCGCGCCAUGGCCCGCGUGGCCAAUACGCGCGCGUUUGGCGACUGGCAGGUCAAGCGCUUCGGCGUUGUGGCUGAGCCCGAGAUCCGCCACUUUGAGUUGGGCGGGGACUCGGCGUUUGUGGUCAUUGUGUCGGACGGGCUGACAGGGGUGCUGACCGACCAGGAGAUUGUCGAUGUUGUCAAGGGCUGCUCCACCCCGGCUGUCGCCGCGCGUCGCCUGGUUGACGUGGCUGAGCGGCUGGGCUCUGACGACAACAUGACGGCGCUGGUGCUGCGUCUGCCGGCAUGGGACGCGCCGCUGCUGCGCGACCUGACGCUUGACCUGCGCCAGCGUCGCCUGGAUGCUGUUGACCAGGUACGCCGCCUACGCGGUUCAAUG